UUUGGUUUUCCGGUGAUAGUUAGAUGGUCAUAAGACAUUUUCAGCACCCUGUCUUGGAAUAUUAUUUGAAGUAAAUCGGAGGCUUAAACAAGUGUAACUAUUGUUGUGGAAAGAUUUUUCUAUAAUCACAUUCCUUUCAUAACAUAGCACGCCUGUUGUCACAAAUUGUGAUUCUUUUUUCUUCCACUUGCUGCUAUGGGGAUCAAGAGAUCCAAGACUCAAGAGGGACUCUUAGGUAAUAAUUUGGUCAGUACGUGACAGGAAACUUCCUUCAAACCAAUGGCUACCUUGGGUUUUCGUAUUCUCGAGAAAUCUAUAUUUUAGUUAUAAAACAACUAUGCUACAAUGCUUACACUUAUUUUUUUAUACUUUCUGGGGCUGAAAUUAUUGCUACAAGGAUCAGUGAUUUACAUUUGAUUUUGUGUUUAGAAUCUUAUUUCAUGUUUAUUAUUAUUUUCUUUCGAACAUUGAAUGUCUAUUUCAAUUGCUUUUUCUGGUUCCUUGUAACUGUAUGUAUUUAGUUGUGUUAUGCAUGGUUUUGUGCAAUCAAUGGCAUGUACUACUGUUAUUGGAAUAUAUGUCAAUUUUAGUUCAUCUUGAAUUGGGGGUUUUUCUUGUACGCUUGAAUUCCAGAUGUGAUUGAUUUAGAUACUCUUAGGUACUAUGGAGAGGAAACUUUUGCUUAUCAUGACUUACUCUGUAAUUGCUUUCGCUGUUAUUCCUUAAAUUUAAACACCGAAUCUAUUCUUUUUUUUUUUUAUCUCUGCAUAAGCUUUUGUUAUAGAAUAUUAUUAGCUACAAAAAAUACAAUCCAAGUAACUGUUCUAUGACAUGUAUGAUGUUGACAGUCAUGCUAAAGAAGAGUAAUCUUUGAAUUUCUUCAAGGUCAAGCUUGCUUCAGCCUGUUUGUUCCCAUUAAGUCAACUGUUUCUGCAAACAGCAUGUGGAGUUUUGCUUCCAGAGCUAUUACUGGAGCCAUCGGAUUGAAGGGUGAUCUUUUGAAACUGAAACCGGUUCCUUCAGAGUGCUCUGAUGAUGAUACUUCUUUAAACAACGAUAGGGAGGAGGGAUUGGAGUGCCCUGUAUGUUGGGAGUCCUUCAACAUUGUUGAGAAUGUGCCCCUUGUUUUAUGGUGCGGCCACACACUCUGCAAGAAUUGUGUAUUGGGACUGCAGCGUGCUAUUGUGAAAUUUCCAACAGUAACUAUUCAUCUCCCAUUCUUCAUCUCUUGUCCUUGGUGUAAUUUACUGUCCUUGAGGUUAGUCUACAAAGGAAGCAUGAAGUUUCCCUGUAAGAACUUCUUUCUCCUUUGGAUGGUUGAGAGCAUGAAUGGUGAUAGGUCAAAGUCACGUUCUUCUUUCAGUGGGGAUCAACCAGUCUGUUAUGCAAGCAGAAAUCUUCCCGUUCGCAGGCAAGCUAGCCGCAUUAACAAUCGACAUGAUCCAUGUCAGCCCCUAGUAGAAUCAUCAAGCUUCAAUCAUGGCAGAGGGAAUUCCAUACAUAAUAGUUACUUGAAUGUUGAAAGACUCCACCUAUCGCUUCGUAAGUCUUUUGCUUUCUUUGUUCGCUUGACAGCUAAGUUCCCUUUGGUUGUUGUGUUUCUUCUGAUGAUCCUGUAUGCAAUACCUGCCAGCGCAGCCAUCCUGGCCCUGUAUAUUCUUAUCACUUUUGUGUUUGCUGUCCCCUCUUUUCUUGUGCUCUACUUUGCCUUCCCCAGUUUGGACUGGUUGGUUAGAGAAAUCAUCACUUGAGUUACCAUAAAACCUUGUACCAGGCUCCUAAUGCAAACUCACUUCCACCUCAAUCUGUCGACUUCUCCUAUAAGUAUGUCCUCAUCCCAUGGUCUUAUGAUAUUCUUGUGAACGUCCUUAUCUGUGUUUCAGAAUCAGUGAAAUCUUAGAACAUUGCUGAUAAGAUGUAUCAGAAAGAUACUUCAAGCAGUGGAGCUUUGUAGUGCAAUCCCCUAAUUUUUGCGGCAAUAAACUGGUGAUAUUUUGCUUCUUUUUCUUCUCUCUUUAUUGCUGUAUGUAUAAGAAGAUGGGUGAGAUGAAUUGACAGCAAACCUUGUUUCUUAUGUAUAUAGUCAAUAACAAACCUAAAUCUGUCAUCUAUGCGAUGCGGUACUCAGUUGUGUUUCUAGGUAAAUCUAGGUGUUUAGGUGUGUUUUUAAAUAGUCUAGGUAUUAAAAUGUAUUUUUUGGUUAUCCAAAAUGUGGGAUACAUUUUUGAGUCUCUGAGUAUUUGAAGUGUAUUUUAAAGUUUAUGGUAUUAUUUUCUGGUA